UUACUUGGACUCCAUUGACAAUCAUCGUGUCACUGUUUCGCGGUUGUUUCUGUUAUCAAAAUGAGAGCUGUAGUUGUGUGUGUGUGUGUGUUGAUGCUCUGUUGUCCUCUUGUAUGCUUUGGAAAGCUGAUUAAUAUCCCAGGGGGCAUGCCAAUCGCUGACUUCAACAGCAAGGUUGUUGGGAAAUACCAACGUCAAGUCUACUUGGCAGUACCUGUCAUAAAUGGUGCGCCAAUCUAUGCGUCUGCUCUAGGCUACCAGUUCAAGUUGCAACAACUGGGAGUCCCAAACAACUACAAGAAAACCGCGAUUUUCGAUGUCGCGAAUGUAGAUUCGGUCGCACUACGAAAGUGUCUCACAAUCACUAACUACUUCACAAAUAUUGUAGACGAUGGUUCAACCGUGCUCAAUUUGAUUAAUGGAACUCGAACAGUUAUCUACUGGUCGUCAGACGUAGAUAGCUACACAUUGGUGCUACGAUGUUAUAAUAAUGAUGGCCUACCAGUACCACAAAAGUGCAAGCCAGAAGAUACGGAGAUAGGACUGUCCGUACCGCAAACACUUGACAAACUGAAAUGGAGCAUGGUAUUGGAAGACCUUGAGGCUGCGGAUGUUGAGUUCGGGGACGACCGGUUUCAAUGGUUUUUCAAUUUCAACUAUGGGAAAAGCACGUGUGUGGGCGGAUCAGAUUGAUUGCGGCAAGGACAAAGUCUUCAGGUGUCAUCAAGUGCAAUUGAACUUUUACUUUUCUUUUGUUUGCCUGUAUUUGAUCCUACCUUGAUUUCCUUUCUUUAAAAUAAACAGCACAUAUGAAUAUUCACGAAACAAAAACAACAUUAACUACAACAACAACAACAACAAUAACAACAACAAAUAUAUAAUUCUAUUAUAUGUGUACCUUUUGGCAUAAACCUUUAAUGCAAUAUUAUUGUUCAAACAGGAAUUGUAUUAUUUUAAAUAUCUUUGCUUAUAUUUUUUGAUUUGCUGGAACUUGUAUUUGAAACUCGAAAUAAAGACUUAAAGAAAU